UACCCCGCGGAAGUUGGUUUGUGGACUGAGGACGGGAUGUUGUUAAUUUGCGUGAAAUAGUGUUAAACGCUUCGACACUUUGUUGUUGUUCUGGACAGUUUGGUGUUGUGUUGUAGAGACAGAGGAACGUUAAAAAAAAAAGAAGAAGAAAGACCACACUUGUGGCAGCACGCUGAGUCUGUUGGGGCAAAAUGUUGGAGUGUGGCAUGCUGGAGCGGGACAGACGGGCUCUGCGGAAACGCUCUGCUAUUCUCUGCAAGCAGCUGGUGGUGGAUGAGCUGCUCAUUCAGUCCUUGCAGGCGGACGACAUCCUAACCGAGAGCAUGGCAGAGAGAAUUAUGGCUAAACAAACAUCUCAGGAACGAAGCUGGCAGUUACUACUACUCUUACCAAAGAGAGGGCCCAGAGCCUUUACCAGCUUUUGCUCAGCUCUGCAAGAAACUGAACAGCAGCACCUGUGUGACCUGCUCACACAAUCACAAGAAAAAGACAGCAGAGAGACACAUGUAGAGUUGCAGACAUCGUCUGUAGACAGAGAAGAAAAGAGUGAGGUGAGCAGCACCUCGUCAUGUCCAGUCCAAGCCUCAGAUAGCAGCCCAUGCUCAGAGUCAUCAUUCAGAGGGUUGGUCCCAGUCACGGAGGAAGACAGGAGGACAGAGACACAAAAGAUGAAGAAAGGAGGAAGAGAUAAGUCGACAGAUAGGUUUGUGGGCUCCUCUCUUCCACUUCCCACUCAAGAAGGAAUCCCUGCCAAGAAAGCAAGGACACAUGAGUCCAUGGAGUUUAGUCUGGAUGCAGAUAGUCCCAUCAACACUCCUGUACUCCCGUGCACUCCUGAUUUUUACCUUUCUCACUGCCAACAGUCUUACAGAAUGAAUUCAUCCCCUCGUGGUUUUGCUUUGGUGAUCAGUAACGUGACCUUUGAUCCUUGUGCUGCGCCCGACCUUGACACUAGGAAGGGAGGUGAGGUGGAUGACGAGGUCCUCAGGAAGGUUUUCACAGAGCUGGACUACCUGGUUACAGUACACAGAGACCUCAGUGCUCAGGGCAUGAGGACGUGCAUUGAGAACUUUUGCCGACGGCCAGAACACCGGUCAAUGGACAGCUGUGUGGUGUGUCUGCUCUCCCAUGGAGUCGAAGGAGCUAUAUAUGGCACAGAUGGACAGCUCCUGCAGCUGGACUGGGUGUUUGAAGCUUUUGACAAUGCGCACUGUCCCCUGCUGCAGAACAAGCCCAAGAUGUUUUUUAUCCAGGCCUGCAGAGGAGAGGAGAUGGACUGUGGAGUGGAGCAGAUAGAUGGGCCAUCGAGGACCUGUUCACCAAGCUGUGAACAGCGGGAUGCUGGGAGGGAAGGACAGGGGGAUGCAAACUCCAGACAGAGAGGGGAUCUGGGUAGGCCUAGGAUUAAACUGCCCCAGCGUUCUGACAUGAUCUGUGGCUUCGCCUCCCUCAAAGGUCAGAGAAUUUGCACUGCAGCCAUGCGGAACACCAAGAGAGGAUCCUGGUUUAUCCAGGAACUUAACACAGCACUUCGCCUCCAUGCCAGAGACGCACACCUUGCAGACAUCAUGGUGCAGGUCAACGGGCGUAUUAAGGAGCGAGAGGGUUACGCUCCUGGCACCGCCCACCAUCGCUGUAAAGAGAUGUCGGAGUUCACCAGCUCUUUGUGUAAAGACCUCUACCUUUUCCCCAAGUACCAGCCCCAGUAUUGAUGUGCAAAUAUGCACAUACACAGAUUAACACACGCAGACCAUUCCUUGCAUUACAGCCACUCAAUAAUGGCCCACCACUGUUAAUUCCACGCCAAUUACUGCCGCACACUCACACAUUCCCCUGUUCCAACUUCACACCCAAACAGAGGAUUUAUUCAUUCAUAUUUUCUGUGUAAAUACUGCCUCCACAAACCCACAGACAGACACACACACACACACACGUCCAUACACAAAUCUUGGAAAGGAAAAAGGAGCACGCUUAUGUUAAUGUACUUGGAAAUGGGCAACAUAUUUGCAAACAACUUACUUGUGUAUCUGCGUCAAUGCCAGUUAGAGGAUUUAGAUGUUAAUCCUUUUUAGUCAAAGACAGGAUCGUAUUUUUUUGUUUGUUUUCUUACUGCACAGCUACUCUGAGGUUUCACUCUCUUAAAAUGUAUUUUGUACACAUAUCUAUUUUUGUGGCUUUAUUUUGUAUGAAAUUGUUUUUAUAAGGAUUUUUAGGCCCAUUGUCUUUAUUUGUAUAUAAUGUUUAUAAUAAGUUGUGACCAUUUCUUGUUGUUAGUAUAGUGACAGGCGGGGGGCAGCACAGCAGAGACAAAUACCUUGAAUAAUUUGCCUUUCAUCAAUAUUAUUCAUAUCCUCUGCAGUUCAAAGUUCUUUACUGUUAUGAUUGCAGACCGCUUUUAUUUUAGUUAUAGUCAGCUACAGUGAUUUUUAAACAGUAAAGUCUUUGCAGCAGGUUUUGUCCUGCUCUCAUUAGAGAAGUUUGCUUUUAUUUUUUCUCUCAUGACAAGGAAAAACACCUACAGGGCAGCUUCAAAACAAGUGUCAUUUACUUUUUCACUUUUGUUUGCAGAUAUUGAGUCAGGAAAAUUCAGCUUUUUAACCUUAAAUUUUAUGAAGCCACUUGCUGUAAAUUUCACUUCAUGUGAGCUGUGUUACCAUAUAUCUGUCUCUGCCAUGGUGGUGGGCUGCCAGGGGAAUGCGGUGCUACUUGUGGGGUCAUACAUCUACAGUAUGAACUCUGACCUUUACGCUAACACGGAAUAGUGUUUCUCCCUAUGUCUGGGCUGCAUAUUUAGUUUGUCCCCCUCCAGUGGUAUUUUACUGUAUUUUAUACAAUAAGGAUAAUACAUGUCUUCCAUGAACAAUUCUAUGGCAACCAUGUGAGGAUGGUCUAUUAGAUAAAUUUAUGACCAUGGAGCUUUCACAGUAUGUUGUAUCACUUUGGCACGCCCACACACAGAGAAAUCAAUUUCUCAAGGCAUUGUAUGCAUUGAUGUUUCCGAGAACAGUCCUGACCAGGGGCAGUGUGUUUAGUUACAACAGUGUUGUAGUGAAGAAAACAAUAUAUGGUGGAAAAACGGUAUUGAUUGUUAACCAUAUGUAAACAAAGAUGCUUUUAAGCUGUACGGUGCUUGUGGUAGAGUUUACCCAUGUCUAGGAAGGUGCUCACUCCUCUUAUGUUUUUGUUUUUUUUAAUUAGGAAAUGUAAAACAAAAGCAUUGGAGUGUUAAUAUAGAAGGGUAACUUCCCUUCAGGGUGAGAACUUGCUCUGCUGAGGUGCAGUGUGGGGGGGCCGGGAGAGAUUUAUUUCUGUCAACGCCAAUGACUGCCAAAUGUUCUAUACAAUAAACGAGCCAUGGUUUUCAAACAAGACAAA